GACUCCCGGCCAAGCAGCGUCGCCAUACGGAACAUCCUGCCCUCAACGAAGAGGGGGAGGAGAGAGAGAGAGAGAGAGAGAGAAAGCGUGGUGGUGUUUAGAGAAAAGGAGAGAGAGGGAAACGGGAUUCUGGCGUCUCCCGGUAGUAAUCUAUCAGGUCUUGAGCACAAAAACUCAGAGGAAGAGAGAAGAAGGAGAAAAGAUCCUAAGGAAGGACCGGUAGUACAGCGCGUAAAGCCUUGGAUUAAAAAGCCCUACCAAGAGGGCGGAUGGUCGCGCGGACGGACGGCGCGCUCUGAAGUUGGAUAGACUACCGAGACACCGAGAGCAAGCAGCAGCAGCAGCACCUUUUGUUCCCCCACCUCCUGGAAACCCCGUGAAGGCAGCAGCGGCGGCGGCACCGGGAGGCUGUGUCCGCGCACCUCGACCAUGAAGCUGCCUUGGCUGUUGACGCUCACGGCACUGCUUGCUCACGCCGCCAGGCAACAAAUACGGUUGCCGCCUAUUGAUGAUGAAGGCUCGACAAAUGACGGCUUCAUCGAUGACGAGGACCUUUACUCAGGCUCCGGCUCUGGCUUCCCUGAGAUCAGUUUGAGGCCGACAGCAAUGGGUGCAACCUUCUCCACAGAAGAGCCCCUCCUCCUCUCCACCACCCAGGCCACUAGCCCAGCCCCCUCCGCCUCACCUGCAGCUGAGCCCAGCCCUAAUCCUGAAGACUCCACCUCCACCCCACUGCCCACUGAGGCUGCCGAAGAGAGUGGUGCAUUCUGGGAUAGAGAGAGGGAGCUAGAGAAAGAAAGGGAGCUGGACAGAGAGAUGGAGAAAGAGCAAGAGAGGCAGAGGGAACUGAGAGAGCGAGAGAGAGAACGUGAGCGAGAGAGGGAACGUGAGAGAGAGCGAGAGAAAGAGAGAGAAAGACAAAGAGAGCUGGAGCGAGUUAGGGUCGCUGCCGCUGCUCAGACUACCACUGUGCCAAGGUCAUCUGCUGCUGUUCCUGUGGUGACCACUAGCCCACCAACCAGCAUCAGGGAAACCACAGCACCCUCUGCUGGUUUGGAUGACCUGAGCACUACAGAAGAAGAACUGGAUGUCUUCUUAUCACCUGAACCCACAUCAUUCUUCCCAGCCUUUGACGGGGAAACUACCACAGAGGAAGAAACGCCCACCUCAGCAGAGACUACACCUGAAGCCUCGACCACUGCUCCAACCACCACCGCUGCCACCACCACUGUAAAGAUCAGGGUUCCCCUCAGGCCCAGGGUUCCCAUGACGACAGCCACUCAGGUGACGCUGACAGAGAGAACGACACGCCCACAGAAGCCCACAACUACACAGGAGGGUAAUAAUGACGUGGGUGCUGCAGGACCAAGUGGAGAUUUUGAGAUCCACGAGGACCGCCGUAAUGAUCUUGGUCGAGGUAUAGUGCCAGUGGAUCCUGACCUGAUUGGCAACACAGUGGAUGGAGGAAAUUCUGCUGCCCAGCUGCCUCAGAAAAACAUCUUGGAGAGAAAAGAGGUCUUAAUAGCGGUGAUAGUGGGGGGCGUGGUGGGUGCCAUGUUCGCUGCCUUCCUGGUGAUGCUGCUGGUGUACAGGAUGAAGAAGAAGGAUGAGGGCAGCUACACACUGGAGGAGCCCAAACAGGCCACAGUCACCUACCAGAAACCAGACAAGCAGGAGGAGUUUUAUGCAUAACACUCGUACUACAGAGACACCACACACCGAGGGAGCGACAAAGAGCAAGCGAGAGAAGAAAGAUACUCUAAGCCCCCAUCCUCCUCCUCCUCCUCCUCCUCUUCUUCUUCAUCACUCCUCCUUCAUCUGCUCACCUCUCCUCAUCCCUGUCUCCUCUUGUCUCCACAACACUUGGGAGCACCUUUCUCUCUGUGGACUUGGAACUUUCUUUUCAGUGAAAAUGGAAAAAGAGGACAAAAAAAAAGAAAACAUCCAAAUAUAUUGUGAAAAAAUUACAUACACACGAGAUCUUUUUAAAGUAAAUGUUGUUAUUAAUAUUCUAGAGAUUCUCUUGUUCUGUAUGUAAUGAUAUGAUAAUUUUGUAAAAAAACAAAACAAAACAAAACAUGAGCUCUUAACCUGUGUUUUCCAGCACACAAAAAGUUCCUCUUCUGUUUUUAUGGAUCAACUGAAAAGGCCUAAAAGAAAGAGGAGAGGGGUGGAGCGAGCUCAGUGAUGCACAAAAGAAAAAGGGAGUGGUGGGCUCAACUCUGUCCCCCACCCCACCCCCCCACCUAAAAAAAAAAAACACACAGAGCAUCUGGUUGGCCGGCCGCACAGAGCCCUAGGUCAAAGGUGAGAGGAAAGGUCUCUUUUGUGCCUUCCAUCCCUGUAGUGCUCAGAGACACCCACACCCACACCCACAUCCAUACAGCCCACGUAAAUACAUGCACAUGCGUACACACACACUUGUGUCUGUUUGAAGGUGGCUCUGACUUCUCUCUCUGUGCUCGGCCAACCAGAAAACAGUGCUCAACCCUUGGUAUGUUUCGCAAUGUUGAGGAGCUGCUCCGGAAACUGGCUGGUCGCAUCAAGGUUAGCUCACGCACACACUGAGCUGGUGGCCCGUCUGCUUCUCGAAGCUGUACAAAGACUAGUUAUGGAUGGUAAUAAUAAUCAAUAAUAUAUCACAUUUUUUUGGGCUGGAUGGUGAACAAUAAUAAUAAUACUGUAAUAAUAAUGAUAAUUAAAGAGGAGGAUGUGUAUUUAGCAGUUUAAAAAAGUUUAUAUGUAAAUAUCAGUGUAUUGUUUCUGGCAUCACUAACCAUCUGCAUGAUCAUGAAGAGUUUUUAUUCAUCACAUCUGUCAUCGCUUUAGAUGAGCUGUGCUCUGGUCAGCCACAUAUACACACGUGCACACGCUUACACAGAUGCAGACAUAUACUUUCUGUCCAUUUAAACACAACUUCUCAACCCAUCAUCACCACCAUUGUUACUGUAAUAGUCACCGCUUCAGAUCAGGUGGUUUCAAUAUGUUAUUGAUUAGUUAUCCAGCAGCUGCUGGUUGGUUUAGAGUUUGGUCUGUUUGUGUAACAGCACAACUACAUGUCCAAUCACCACAUCAUCUGAUGUCCAUGCACCCUUUGCAUGCCUCGCUUUGUUUCUUCCACCAUUGGCUCUCUGUUUGGGGGUGGGAGGGGCCUCUGGGAUGUGGGAGGGGCUUUAAUGAAAAACAGGAAUCUGUGCAUGAAGUUGCCUCCACAUACACUAAUUCAGUCAAAAUCAUAUAUUAUUAAUGUGUUGCUCAUGUGAGGAAAACACUGAAUUGGUGUUUGUAGGGUCAACUUUAAUGUGCAGGGACCAUUUAGGGGAAGGGACAGGAUCAGGUUUAGGAAGGGGAAUGUGAGGAGACAGGCUGUGCUUCUAUCUAAGAGAUUGUAACAAUAACCACACCAGUGCGACUGGGCUAGUAGCUUCUAUUAUACUCAGUACUGUAGAACAAAACUGCAUGGGAGUCAAAACUAUACUAGUGUGUGUGUUUUGCCUGUGUGUGUGUUUGAAAGAAAAGAGGGGUGAGUUAAUGUUGGAAUGUGCUGUGGUCGAGUGUGCAUUUACCUACUCCAGCAGUUUUCAUGCUCUUCCACAGACAGGUAACACACCUCUUCCACUCCUGUGCGUGUAAGUUGCCUGCCCCUCGCCAGAGUGAGUACGUCUUGUGUGUGUGUCUACACCUCAUCUAAACCCGCCAUCUGUAUGUAUGUGUGCGAGAGCUUCACCUUGGUAUUUCACAGCAGACUCUUAUGUACACUGACUGGCCUGUCAAUGUGUGUGUUUGCAUGUGUUUAGUCUGUUCACUGCUGAAUGUGGGGGAGCUGGUCCCUCACAGUCGCUUUCACACACACUGACUGUCUCUUUACUGUCUGUCUGUGCAGGACAGACAGACAAACACACCACUUUCUCACAGGCAGGAAAGAUCUUAACACAUACUCUUUUCUAAAGUGACUGUCAAAGUGUAAACAUGCGUUUGUACCCAUCUAAACCGGUGUAGCCAAAUAAGACGUGUGUGUGUGUGUGUGUGUGUGUGUGAGAGAGCGAGGGUAAAUUUGUAUGUGUGUGGGCGUGUGUGUGUGUGAAGCCUAACUGAGGCUACACUACUCUGUGUUUGCUGUUCCCAUUCCUGUUUUUAUACAUACGCAUUUUUUAAGGCUGAGUUUCUGUCAUUGGCUGAGUGAACGAGAGGAAGUGGAUCCUCCGUGCCACGGCCCUGUCACUAAUCUGCCGCUCUGUUCCAAAUAAAAAACCUGAUUGG